AUGGCAGACCAGCCACCCACACCAGGUCCCUCGGGCUCGAGCUCUAGCACGACACCAAAGGCCAUAGCGAGCCUCGCAAAGAAACAGAGCGAUGUGACCAGGCUUGGCACCCAAAAGCUCAAGUUCGUGCCGACAUUACCGGCCAGGAGGAAGAAGGAGUAUGAAGGCGCGCCGUCCGCGGCACCCGCUCCAGCAGAACGCGGCAGGGGACGCGGAGGUGAGCGCGGUCGUGGUGAGCGCGGUCGGGGUCGAGGCCGGGGCGGCGAAGGCAGAGGCGCAGGCCCACGCGCGCCGCCCGUGGUCGAGAUGACCGCGAGCGGGCCGUUCGCCAUGGGCCCCACUCUGGCGGGCACGUCCGCCCGGCGCACCGCGCCGCGCUCCAACUUCGCGCCCAUUGUACCGCAGGGCCCCGGCGGCACCGCGCACCUCGGCGCGGGCCUCACGCUGACGACCGCGCCGUCGCUGAAGCGCGAGAGAGGGCGCGAGCCGGCGCCCGCAGACGAUGAUGUCGAGGCGUACUCGGACCCGGACGAGGGCGUGGAGAUCGUGGAUAUGGAUCAUAUCAAGCAGAUGGACUGGAUGGCUCCUGAGAGUCUGGGUAAGGAGAAGGAGGGUGGGAAGAGGAAGAAGGGGCUGAAGGUGAAGGCGGACCCAGACAAGCAGGAGGAUCGCAAGGGCAAGGGUGUCGCAAAGGAGGAGGCCAUAGAGGUGGACAUCACGCCUGAACCCCAAGAAGAGGUCAAUCUAGCAAACGCAGUCGAUCUCAGCGACUCAGAAGAAGAGGAAGAGCUCGAAGAUAUUAUCGACGAUUUCGCGUUUGCAAACGAAGCAGAGGAGGAUACGAAUAUCCGACAAGAACGCCUCUAUUUCUUCCAGUUCCCCAGUCCCUUCCCCACAUUUAUAUCAAAUGCUCCGCCGCCAGCAGAUCCUGAGCCGCCUUUACUCGACAAGGCAGAUGACAAUAGCAAAAAGGUUACAUUCGCACAAGACACAAAACCGCCAGCGCCAGUUCCGGGAGCCGUGCCUCCAGUGGGCGCAACCAACGCCCAGACUAAAGUUGAGAAGGAGGAGCCCAAGAUCGACGGCAUCAUUGGUCAGUUGGAGAUAUAUGAAAGCGGGGCCGUCAAGAUGCGCCUCGGAAACGGGAUUGUGAUGGAUGUGACCGCGGCGACGCAACCGUCGUUUUUGCAGCAGGCGAUCUAUCUCGACAACGAAAACAAGAGGCUGUGUGUCUUAGGCGAGGUCAAUAGACGAUUCGCCGUGUCUCCCAACGUUGACACCCUGCUGAGCGCCCUGGAACUUGCGGAAAACCCAGCGGAGUCACUGGAACUCGGCGAAGGCCUCAUCACAAUGGACACGAGCUGA